AGCUCAGUGCCAGGCGGGAGGCGGCAGCGGUUGGAGGCUUCGCCGGGUUUUGCAGCGGGGACUUCGGCGGCGCCACAGGCACCUCGGCCCUGACACGAUGAGGCGAGUGGUACGACAGAGCAAGUUUCGGCAUGUCUUUGGACAAGCGGUGAAAAAUGACCAGUGUUAUGAUGACAUCCGGGUUUCGCGUGUGACCUGGGAUAGUUCCUUUUGUGCUGUCAAUCCCAGAUUUGUUGCCAUUAUCAUAGAAGCGAGUGGGGGAGGAGCGUUCCUUGUGCUCCCUUUGCACAAGACCGGCCGAAUCGACAAAUCCUACCCCACAGUAUGUGGCCACACAGGACCAGUGCUGGAUAUAGACUGGUGUCCACACAACGACCAGGUCAUUGCCAGUGGCUCGGAGGACUGCACGGUUAUGGUAUGGCAGAUCCCAGAAAAUGGACUCACCCUUUCCCUGACCGAACCUGUGGUGAUUUUAGAAGGCCACUCGAAGAGAGUUGGCAUCGUGGCCUGGCACCCGACAGCCCGCAACGUGCUUCUUAGUGCAGGCUGUGACAAUGCCAUCAUCAUCUGGAAUGUGGGGACCGGGGAAGCCCUGAUUAACUUGGACGACAUGCACUCGGACAUGAUCUACAAUGUCAGCUGGAACAGGAAUGGCAGUCUGAUCUGCACAGCUUCCAAAGACAAGAAAGUGCGGGUGAUCGAUCCUCGGAAACAAGAGAUUGUCGCUGAGAAGGAGAAGGCACACGAAGGCGCAAGGCCCAUGAGGGCCAUCUUCCUGGCCGACGGGAACGUCUUCACCACCGGCUUCAGCCGCAUGAGCGAGCGGCAGCUGGCGCUCUGGAACCCGAAAAACAUGCAGGAGCCGAUCGCGCUUCAUGAAAUGGACACGAGCAACGGCGUGUUGCUGCCCUUCUACGACCCUGACACCAGUAUCAUUUACCUGUGUGGAAAGGGAGACAGCAGUAUCCGCUAUUUCGAGAUCACAGAUGAAUCCCCUUACGUCCACUACCUCAACACGUUCAGCAGCAAGGAGCCUCAGAGAGGCAUGGGGUACAUGUCCAAGAGGGGGCUUGAUGUCAACAAAUGUGAGAUUGCCAGGUUCUUCAAGCUUCAUGAGAGAAAGUGUGAGCCUAUUAUCAUGACCGUCCCCAGGAAGUCAGACCUUUUCCAAGAUGACCUAUAUCCUGACACAGCAGGGCCUGAAGCAGCACUAGAGGCAGAGGAGUGGUUUGAGGGCAAGAACGCAGAUCCCAUCCUCAUCUCCUUGAAGCACGGGUACAUUCCAGGCAAAAACAGGGAUCUCAAGGUGGUUAAGAAGAACAUUCUGGAUAGCAAGCCCACUGCAAACAAGAAGUGCGACCUGAUCAGUGCCCCCAAGAAAACCAUGGACACAGCCAGCGUGCAAAAUGAAGCCAAGUUGGAUGAGAUUUUAAAAGAGAUCAAAUCUAUCAAAGACACAAUCUGCAACCAAGACGAGCGCAUUUCCAAGUUAGAACAGCAGAUGGCGAAGAUCUCAGCCUGAGGACCGGGCGGGGCCGGCGGCCCUGGCACUGCCUUGAAGGCCGCCCACCUCCGAAAGCAGCCAGCGAUGGGCCACAUUCCAGUGAGAACUCGAUUCGUCUCCCAAAUUUACAGAAACAAAAUGUGAUUUAAAGCUGAGCUUUUUAUCAGAAAGCAUUUUUGAUGUUUUAAGUGUUACGUGACUUGUUGAACUUUUAAAAGUGCUACUUUUAAAUCCCAGAUAUUCUCAAUUUUAGAACACCAACCAGUUCUGAUUCAGUGUCAUGCCCAAGUACUUUUUUUUUUAAUAGGGACCAAUGCCACAUUGCUUUUUAUAUUUCUUCUUUUUUAAUGUUGCCAAAACCAAAAGUAGCUUUUUUUUUCUUUGUAUUUUGCUACUUUGCAGUAUUUGUGUGUGGGUUUUUUUUUUUUUUUCCUUUAAUUUGAAAGGGACAGCACUGUGUAUGUUUAUAAACUAAGUGGAGAUAUUAUUUUGUAUAAGCAGCCAUCUGGUGCCAUCCGAGGCAGCCGCUCCCAGCGGGCAGCGCCCGCGGUGGCCUCCGGCUGGGCAGAGGCGGGCUCGCAGCCCACGUGGGUUCCUGUCACCACCCUCUCGUGCGCGCCAGAAAGUCCAUUCCUGUCGUUGCCUUUCUUUCCUUUCUCUUUUCUAGAAAUUAGGUGGUUGUAUCAGAAUGGAAUUUUGCUUCUUGGUUAUCUUGUGCUUCAGAUGAUUAUAAUCUAACGUAAACUA